CAUCUUCCUCCCCAUACACACCUGCUAAACUCAUACAUGUAAAUAUAUACACAGAGAGAUAGAGAGAGAGAGAGCAUUCCCUGUAAGAUUGUCGUUCUUGCCUCUUUCCACCGACCCCGUCCUCCGUCUCCACCAUGCACUUCAAUAUCUCCAAAGUCCUCGACCACCGCAAGGACAUCUCCAACUUUGUUGACCACCGCAAGGACAUCAGCACCGAGAAGGAGGCUCUCGCUAACCUCCUCGCUUCCUCCGGCGAUCACUUCCCUGGCUCGGACUUCCACCCUGCCGACCGCAAGACCUGGAUGUCGGAGCUCGGCCCCGACCGGCUCAGGAUCAACCAGAUCGUCUGGCCCGGCACCCACGACUCCGCCACCAAUGACAUCGGCGUCCCGCUGGUCACCCGCCCCUUCGCGGAGUGCCAGACCCGCUCCAUCUACGACCAGCUCGUCCUUGGCACCCGCGUCCUCGACGUGCGCGUUGAGAAGGGACGACACAUCUGCCACGGCAUCCUCCGGUCGUACAGCGUUGACGUCGUCCUCGACGGCGUCAAGCGCUUCCUCUCCGAGGCCGAGUCUGAGAUCGUCAUCCUCGAGAUCCGCACCGAGUACGGCCACGAAGACCCGCCGGAGUUCGACAAGUACCUCGUGGAUCAGCUCGGCGACCUGCUGAUACACCAUGACGACGCUGUGUUCGGCAAGACGGUGGCCGAGGUGCUGCCCAAGCGAAUCAUAUGCGUGUGGAAGCCGAGGAACUCUCCGGCGCCCGCCGCCGGGAGCCCGCUGUGGAGCGCAGGUUACCUCAGGGACAACUGGAUCGACACCGACCUGCCGAAGACCAAGUUCGACAGCAACAUGAAGCACUUGGGCGAGCAGCCGCCGUCGGCCGCGAGGAAGUACUUCUACCGGGUGGAGCACACCGUGACGCCCAAGCCCGAAAAUCCGGUGGUCAAGAUGGUGGACAACGAAAUCCGGCCGUUCGCGCGGCUGUUCAUCGCGCAGACCUUCGCGCAAGGGUUCGCAGAUCGGCUGCAAGUCUUCUCGACCGACUUCAUCGAUGAGGAUUUCGUGGAUGCGUGUGCAGGGAUGACCCAAGCGAGGGUAGAAGGCCAAGGCAUAAGCUGAAGAGGGUUUACGUACUCUACUCACCUUAUCCGAUUACGUUAUAAAUGCAUGUCUUAAUUUCCUGCAUAUUUUCUCAAGAUGUUGGGGAGGAUUAUAGUUGGUGAUAUUAAAUCUGUAUAAUCAAGAUGUUUUAUGUUAAUGGUUAAGCAUUGUCAACAUCAUUAACAAAAAUUUACGUUCACGAUUGUAUUAAAGUUAUUCAUCUAUAUUUUAAGUUAUUAAAAUUUA